AUGGGGAAGACAGCAUAUGAUGUCUACAGGUAUUCUGACAUUGUAGUACUUGUAUUUGGGAUUAUCGGUAAUACUUUGGUUGUCGUCUCCAUGCUAACACAAGCGAUGAAAAGCAACUACUACUUUCUUGUUUUACAACUUGCGAUCUGUGAUCUGGGAGUACUGAUCAUUUACCUAUCAGAUCAUAUCAACUCGCACAUGCUGCUUGAACAAUUCCUUGAUUCUUCCACGAAACGUUAUUGUUUUGGUUUGCAUAUAAGUCUUUUCUUUCAAGUCGCAGGAUUAGGUAUGAUGCUGAUCAUUUCAAUGCUUCGUUAUCGUGCUAUUGUACAUCCCUGGAAACCUACUAUCAGUCGACAGAAAUUGAAAGUCGUUUGUGCUUUGGUGUACAUUGUUGGUUUCAUUGCAGGUUAUGGAACAUAUGUGCCUGUCUGUUUUAUGAACGAUGCCGCAGUUGUUUAUAAGAAGUUUUAUUUUGGUUACUUUGUAUUCUGCUUUUACUUUUUCCCGCCAAUAUUUAUGGCUGUUGUUUAUUAUAAAAUAGGUCGAGCAGUGAUCGAACAAAACAAACACAUGAAAAGCAUAUGUUCAAGUCCAGUGAGACGAAGUGCACCUAACUCUUCCUUCAAUACCCUGAAAUUUAUUCGAAAUCGACGAACUGUCCUUGUUUGUAUCUGCACCGCUCUUUGUUACGGAGUUGGAAAUAUUCCUUUUUCUGUGUGGUUUAUGUGCUACGUUGUCGCUGGAGAAUAUCAUUUACUCAUGAAAUAUGUAUGGGUGGAGUAUUUGGCAAGUGUUCUUAGAGUUGCUGGUUCGCAUUCAGUAAAUCCUCUCAUAUAUGGAAUAUUGGACAAAAAAUUGUUUACAUUUUGGAAAUGCUGCCGGAAGAAGAAUUCGAAACAGAAAACACGGGAAACAUUGACAGAUCCUGUAGCAAGUGUGUAA